AGGAAUUCUCCUUCCCCUUGACCUUCCUCGGUUUUCAAUUCAAUCCCUUCCCACCUGUAUAUAUAAGAACACCCACCUCUUCAAUCCUCUCCUCACUUCUCACUCUUGCCAUUCUCUCUCUCUCUUUGAUUGGCGAAACGGGAAGAGCCCCUCAAGAUCCCAUUUCGAGAGGUUCACGCUGCCUCAAGCUGGGUUUCCCUCGUUGUUUUUUUAAGAUGGUGAUGAGCAUCGACAGGUAUCGCCGCCACCAUACGAGCCUUCAUCUCCACUUGCCCCACAUUCACCUCCACCACCACCACCACCAAGACAGCUUGCAGGACGUGCCGAGGGGGUGCCUGGCCAUAUCCGUGGGGCAAGGAGAGGAGCAGCAGCGGUUCGUGAUCCCGGUGGCCUACGUGAACCACCCGCUGUUCAUGGACUUGCUGAGAGAGGCGGAGGACGAGUACGGGUUCGACCAGAAGGGAACCAUCAACAUCCCCUGCCACGUCGACGAGUUCCGGAAUGUGCAGGGCAUGAUUGACAGGGUCGUGAGCGAGAGCCAUCGCCACGACGGCCACAACAACAACAUCCACGGGCUGUGCUUUGGACCCGCCUGACGGAUGAUACGACGAUGGACUUGAUCAACUUGUGUAUACAGUAGACGCUAGACGGUUUAGUUUGAGCAUACAAUAGUUAUGUGACACGUUUCUUUUUUCUUUUUUCUUGGGGGUCUCUUUGAAUCAUGUAAGUGGAAAUUUCAAGAAAUCAAGAGGACAAAUUCGAUUGCA